CUUGAACUUUAUUUGCUAUGCUUAUUUCACAGCUUGUGUUGAUUUAAAAUAGCAGGUAGCUUUAAAUCUUGUUUAUGGGCGUUAUAAAUACAUGUUGAUAUACAAUAGAAGAUUUACUUUUUCCUUUUGUAGAUUGUGACAGGCUGUUGAAACAGUACAACUUGAGAUAAUUUUUUUAUGUACGCUUAGGAAAGUAUGUCAAUUGUGAUAUAUUAGUGAGUUUUUUUUUGUUUCAAGCAAGACCUGCUGGUUGAAUUUUUGUUCUUGAAUGAAAUUAUAGAUCCAGUGGGGAUUAUUAACAGUUAAUUUCUUUCUGGGAAGAUGUUAUUGUAAUGUGAAUGUCAUAAAAGAACAGUACAUUCAGCACUGGUCUUGUGUGGAAGGUUUUGCUACGUGUACAAAAUUAGAUGAAGGAUUAAAUAACAGGCCUUCCAAAUGUAUACAGAGGUUUGCUGGCCCAACAAAGAAAACUAUCUCCCACAGAUCAUCGGGUGAGUCAGAAUAUUAAAUGUUCCAGUGAUUAUAUCCCUAGUUCAUCUGUUGUACCAGAACAGAAAAGAUUUUUGUUCAUUUGAUAUAAUGAUGAACCUUGGAACAUUUUUAAAUCAAAUUUUCAAUUUGUUUGCUAAGAAUUAUCUAGCAGUUCCCUCUGACUAGUUGUUUCAAGUACAACAAUACUUAUAACAAGAUUAAUUUUUGAAAACUAAGUGCAACCUCAUUGAUUAAAAAUAUUAAUUCAGCACAUUAAGUGUGCAAUAAAUUUCUGCCAGUAGGCUGUGUAACCGAAGCAUAAAAAGCACUUUUAAUUUCAUGUUUGAAAACUUAUUAAUGUCAGAAAAACUGUGAAGUUUGCGUUUUCACUAUUGUCCACAUUCACUGUUGUACAAAUUAAAUAUUCAUAAAUUGGCUUUACAUUCACUAAUUGCAAAGGCUUGUUAAGCGACACGUUAAAUACUACACGUCAUAUUAAUACAGAGUGAAAGCAAUAAAACAUGUUUACUUCUCCUCAAAUCCUCUUCAGUUAAAUCAAACACAGGUUGGGUUUUCAUUUGUUUUAAAUUAUACUUAUUUUUUAAAAAAUUACAAAAUGUCUGAAGUUGCCAGAUUAAAAUAUCUAUCUAUUGCUUCCUAGUAAAUUCUAAUAGAAAAAAUAAAAAUAACAGUGUAUGUUUUGCCCAACUGUUUUAAAGCCUUGAUGAAAUGGAUUUCCAAUCUUCGUAAAGUCACAAGGGUCAGAAUUUGGGCUUUGCUAUUCCCAUUUUUAUUGCGCUAGAGAAAAUGGUAAAGUGGACUGUUAUUCCUUUUUGGAUCUCACUUAAAAAUUCCCUGUUAUGAACAUUAUAUCAGAUUGGCCUUAAUCGUGGCACCUUUCAAAUUUAUUCCCCUUCAGAGCAGUUGCAUGACAGUAUCCACUGUUAAACACACAUAAUGUGCAGCUACCAAAGUGAGGUGAAACUAUGUUGUGGAACAAUUCUGCAAGAAUCUGGGUUUCCAUAAGAAGUUAGGGAAAGAUGGUAAGUGGGAGAAUAAUUCUGGUUGUUCCAGCUCUCGUGAAGAUGGAUUCCUCGAUGUUCAUUUUUUUUAAAGUUGCAAAUCUCUGGCUUGGAGCUUAUCCUCUGAAUUAAUUUGGAAUGGCCUGUUAGAUAUGAGUUUUAAUACAGCAAGUUAGAUAUUAGUGGCAAGGUUGAUACUGGGAGGCAUAGAGGGCCAAACUGAGUUUUUUUUUCAGGUGAAUGAGCUUACAUUUAGGAAGACAGAAUGUUUUAAUAUAUUUACAAUGCUUUCAGUUUAGUUAGUGGUGCAGCUUUACUUAAGAGGUAUCAGACCUACAGUAUGUAUGUGUUAUCAGGGAUAGAGUCUGACAUUUUUGUAACUGUAAUUGCUCUAAAUAUGUUUGCCGGAAUUCCACGGGCCCAUACUAACUGUCCUUAAUUUCUUUCCUACAGCAGUACUGCUAUGACAGUCCUGUCUGCAUUCUUAAGGGUGCAGUGCUACAGAUCGUGUGUAGGUUAUGCUGAAAAACUAAACCAAAAGGAAGUCCAAUGAAAGUGGCAGUGUGACACUGCCAAUGUAGCAUGUUUUUUAGACAAACCCAAACAGCAUAAUCCCAAAUAAAAGUAUUGAAGUAACGUUUUAUGCUUAACUAGUUGCGUUUACAAUUAUUAUUUUAAUAUAGUUAAUAUUAAGCAGGUAAAAUUUGUUUUCUCCUAAAAAAAAGUUUAUUAGAACAAAUAUUGAGUGAGAUUUUAAAAACUAACACAAGGUGUGAUGUUUUGAAUUUUAAAACCCUUUCCAAAGUGUUACUAAUGGUAAAGAGAUAAUUUUCUAGGCUUCUGUUCUGCUGCUUGAAGUCAGAACUGCUGAUGGACACACAGGCCCGCCAGUGUGGAAAGACACCAGACCCUAAAUUGCAUGUCAGAACUUACAUGGAUGUUAUGCGAGAACAGCAUUUAACAAAGGAAGAGAGAGAAAUCAGACAACAGCUGGCUGAGAAAGCUAAAGCUGGAGAUCUAAAAGCAGUCAAUGGAACAGCCCAACAACCUGCCAAGCGCAAGCGCCGUUGGGAUCAAACAGCAGAUCAAACUCCAAGCGCUACUCCCAAGAAGUUAUCUAGCUGGGAUCAAGCGGAGACUCCAGGGCACACACCAGGGCAUACACCCGGACACACACCUGGGCAUACUCCAGGUCACACACCUGGCAAUACUCCUUCUCAGAGCCGUUGGGAUGAAACACCUGGUCGAUCAAAGGGCAGUGAGACUCCUGGUGCAACCCCAAGCUCAAGAAUGUGGGAGCCCACUCCCAGUCACACACCAGCAGGAGCUGCUACACCUGGACGAGACACACCCGGGCAUGCUACACCAGGUCAUGGAGGCGCAACUUCCAGUGUGCGCAAAAACAGAUGGGAUGAAACUCCAAAAACAGAUAGAGAAACACCUGGACAUGGCAGUGGAUGGGCUGAAACACCACGUACAGAUCGUGGAGGUGACUCCAUCGGUGAAACUCCAACCCCUGGUGCAAGCAAAAGAAAAUCUCGCUGGGAUGAAACACCAGCUAGUCAGAUGGGAGGUAGUACUCCAUUGCUUACUCCCAGUGGAAUCACACCGAAAGGCACACCAGCAAUGGCUAUGGCAACGCCAACACCAGGUCAUUUGAUGAGUAUGACACCUGAACAACUGCAGGCUUGGCGCUGGGAACGUGAAAUUGAUGAAAGGAACCGUCCACUCACAGAUGAAGAACUGGAUGCAAUGUUCCCUGAAGGCUAUAAGGUCCUCCCACCUCCAGCUGGUUAUGUUCCAAUUCGAACACCUGCUCGUAAACUGACUGCAACGCCAACACCGCUUGGAGGUCUAACUGGUUUCCACAUGCAAUCUGAGGAACGUUCAGCGAAGAAUAUGAAUGAUCAACCCUCUGGUAAUCUUCCAUUCCUCAAGCCUGAUGACAUCCAAUACUUUGACAAAUUGUUGGUUGAAGUUGAUGAAUCUACCCUGAGUCCAGAAGAGCAAAAAGAAAGAAAGAUAAUGAAGUUGCUUUUGAAGAUAAAGAAUGGCACUCCUCCAAUGAGGAAGGCUGCCUUGCGUCAAAUUACUGAUAAAGCCAGAGAAUUUGGAGCUGGUCCCCUAUUCAAUCAGAUUCUCCCUUUGCUGAUGUCUCCAACUCUUGAAGACCAGGAGCGCCACUUGCUAGUUAAAGUUAUUGACCGAAUCCUCUACAAGUUGGACGAUUUAGUCCGACCAUACGUGCACAAGAUUCUUGUGGUUAUUGAGCCAUUGCUGAUUGAUGAAGACUAUUAUGCAAGAGUAGAAGGCAGAGAAAUCAUCUCUAACUUAGCAAAGGCUGCGGGUCUUGCCACCAUGAUUUCUACUAUGCGUCCUGAUAUUGAUAACAUGGAUGAAUAUGUAAGAAACACAACAGCUAGAGCCUUUGCUGUUGUUGCUUCAGCCUUGGGUAUUCCAUCAUUGUUGCCUUUCCUCAAAGCUGUAUGCAAGAGUAAAAAAUCAUGGCAGGCUCGACAUACAGGAAUCAAAAUUGUGCAGCAGAUUGCCAUCCUUAUGGGUUGUGCCAUCUUGCCUCAUUUGAGGAGCUUGGUUGAGAUUAUUGAACAUGGUCUGGUUGAUGAGCAGCAGAAAGUACGAACUAUCAGUGCUCUGGCUAUUGCUGCCUUGGCUGAAGCUGCAACUCCAUAUGGUAUCGAGUCAUUUGACUCUGUUCUGAAACCAUUGUGGAAAGGUAUUCGACAGCAUAGAGGCAAAGGUUUGGCUGCCUUUUUAAAGGCUAUUGGUUACUUGAUUCCACUUAUGGAUGCUGAAUAUGCAAACUACUAUACACGAGAAGUGAUGUUGAUCCUUAUCCGUGAGUUUCAGUCUCCUGAUGAAGAAAUGAAAAAAAUUGUACUUAAGGUGGUAAAGCAAUGUUGUGGAACGGAUGGUGUGGAAGCCAAUUACAUCAAAACAGAAAUCCUUCCUCCAUUUUUCAAGCACUUCUGGCAGCAUCGAAUGGCUUUGGACAGGAGAAACUACAGACAGUUAGUAGAUACCACUGUGGAACUUGCAAACAAGGUUGGAGCAGCUGAAAUAAUCUCCAGAAUAGUUGAUGAUUUAAAAGAUGAAGCUGAACAAUACAGAAAAAUGGUGAUGGAAACCAUUGAAAAGAUCAUGGGUAAUCUGGGAGCUGCAGAUAUUGAUCAUAAAUUAGAAGAACAGCUCAUUGAUGGCAUUCUGUAUGCAUUCCAGGAACAGACUACUGAGGAUUCUGUAAUGUUAAAUGGUUUUGGUACAGUGGUAAACGCAUUGGGUAAGCGUGUAAAGCCCUAUUUACCACAGAUUUGUGGCACAGUAUUGUGGCGUCUAAACAAUAAAUCCGCCAAAGUGCGACAGCAAGCUGCAGACCUAAUCUCUCGGAUUGCGGUGGUUAUGAAGACCUGUCAGGAGGAAAAACUGAUGGGCCACUUGGGUGUUGUGCUAUAUGAAUACCUGGGUGAAGAGUACCCUGAAGUACUAGGGAGUAUUUUGGGAGCACUGAAAGCUAUUGUAAAUGUUAUAGGUAUGCAUAAAAUGACUCCACCCAUUAAGGAUCUGCUUCCACGUCUUACUCCAAUUUUGAAAAACAGGCAUGAAAAGGUUCAGGAGAACUGUAUUGACCUGGUUGGGCGAAUUGCAGAUCGAGGUGCAGAGUAUGUAUCUGCUCGUGAAUGGAUGAGAAUAUGCUUUGAAUUGUUAGAACUUUUAAAGGCACACAAAAAAGCUAUCAGAAGAGCAACAGUAAACACCUUUGGCUACAUUGCAAAAGCUAUUGGUCCACAUGAUGUACUGGCCACGCUUUUGAAUAAUCUGAAGGUUCAAGAACGUCAGAACCGGGUCUGUACCACAGUAGCUAUUGCUAUUGUGGCAGAAACAUGCUCUCCGUUCACAGUGCUUCCUGCUUUGAUGAAUGAGUAUAGAGUUCCUGAGUUGAAUGUGCAGAAUGGUGUGCUUAAAUCUCUCUCAUUCUUAUUUGAGUACAUUGGUGAAAUGGGAAAAGAUUAUAUUUAUGCAGUUACACCAUUGCUUGAAGAUGCUCUAAUGGACAGAGACCUGGUUCACAGACAGACAGCUAGUGCAGUUGUGCAGCACAUGUCCCUGGGAGUAUACGGAUUUGGGUGUGAAGAUGCUUUGAAUCACUUGUUAAAUUAUGUAUGGCCCAAUGUUUUUGAAACAUCACCACAUGUUAUCCAGGCAGUAAUGGGGGCAUUGGAGGGUCUAAGGGUUGCAUUAGGACCUUGCAGAAUGCUACAAUAUUGCUUACAGGGCUUGUUCCAUCCUGCCAGAAAAGUACGUGAUGUCUACUGGAAGAUCUACAACUCAAUCUACAUCGGUUCACAGGAUGCCCUAAUUGCACAUUAUCCAAGGAUAUUUAAUGAUGAAAAAAAUACACACGUCCGCUAUGAACUUGACUACAUCUUGUAAAGCAAGUUAUUCUUCACACUGUCUUUGUCUGCUAUUUUGCUGCAUUGUAAUUGCCCUUGGUUACCCAAACUUUUGCUGUGCUUCAGAUGUGACGUGAUGACAGUCUGAAAUAAAAACAUUGAUCAUCUUGUUGGAACAGAUUGUAUAAGUAGUAAGUGGAUAGGGCUAGAAGUACCGUUUUGUUUUUAAAUGGGAUUUAAAGACUGUAAAUUUAGUCCCAUUAUUUGUUAAAUAGCCAAAUCAUAUUGUGACCAGCAGGAUGAUGAAUAUUCAAUUCACAAUUCAUUUGAAUUUGUCUUUAUUGAGAUUUAGAUUUCAUUCCUUGUGUUGACAGGUUGUUUCUUAAAAAAAUAAACAAAAGUCUAAGUCCAUUUUAUAUUUCUCAAGUUAUUUUUGAGGUGCUUUUAAGAAAGUUUCAAAUAAGGAACACAUUAUCUUCAUUAACUUGUAGGGUUAUUAAAUUUCCCCAAUUACCUUUACAUGACCGAACGUACCUUUUCUACUUUUGCUAAAAUAUAGUAUUCACUUUGCAUGAUCUUUUCUAUAGUUUGUGACAAAGAUCUUCAGGGAUACCUUUGGGGAUUAUUAUUUGCAGAUGAACUGUCACUGCUUGAUCAGGACAGAUUAAGAUCCCAGGAAUGAAGUGAGCAAUUGGUCAUUAAAUUACAAGCUGAAUGAAUUAAUCAGCUUCUGACACCCAUUUAUCCCCAAACAAGGCAUCCAAGACAAAGUUUGAAUGGAAGGAUCAUGUCACUGUUAAUGAAAGUAUGAAUAUAUGUACCAUGAUUGCUCAUCCAUAGAGCUAAAAUGUGGAAAAACAUGUAGCUUCUACAAUAGAAACUCAGCAUAAAGUCAAAAUGAGCUAUUUUGAGAUAAAUUUCUUUACUAGGUUUUACUCAAUAACAUUAACAGUGACAUUUAAGAAUUGCGUGAUUCUUCCAAGUAUAUGGAGAUGGGUUUAUGACAGUGUUUUGCUGCCAUUAAAUCUCCAAUUUAUGUUGUAAAUAAUCUUCAUGCUCUGUAGUAAUAUUUAUAACACAUUAAAAUUAAAGCUACAACAGUAUGAACUUUGGGAUUAAUGUUGUAUGAUUGGCUUUAUCUUCCACUCUGACAUUGUGAAUUUUGACUGAAAUUAAUUUUGAAAACUUAUGAAUCCAGACAGCGUAAUAAACACGUCACUUGUUGGUUAUGUGGUCAGGUUCACCUAUGAUUUCAUAUUCUAUAACUGGUAGGCUUGUACUUUUCUUUAAAUAAGUCACUUGCAGGUACACUUGGUGUUGUAAUAAAUAUGUCUCUCUUUAUGUUGCCUCCUGGUGCUUUUUUGUUAGACCAAGCAUUAUAAAGGAUUUCUUUAAAAUGUCAGAAUGAUUUUUU